UAGGAGUUUUUUUUGUUUCAAUGAAAUUGAGAAAUUUUUAAUCACCAAUCACAAUGUUACUAAAUUGCACGCGUUUAAGUCAAUGUGUCUCGCAAAUCCAACGACGAGCGGGCACACAUACUCGAACUGGAACACUCAAUUUGAAUUCCCAUUCACAAAAAAAUUGUAGUAAUCUGACAAGAAGGAGCCAUACCCAUACCCACCGAACCAUUCCAACAGCAAAACCCCCGCCUCCGCCUCAGCCCACACCAUUGAGGACUGGUCGAGAAGGUGGCUACUUUCUACACAGCUGCUAUCGUUCCCGCAUGUAUUUGCCUGGAUAUUGCAUCAGACGUGGCCUGGCUAAAAUAGCAAAGCAAUUGCCUAGCAAUGUCAAGGCUGGUGUGAAGACGUCCACUCCUUUAAAAAUGGCCAAAUCUCAAUAUGGCCGCCUGUUAGCACUUGUCAAAUCAGAAAAAUGGACACUAACAUUGGGAAUUGCCUGCCUGGUGGUGUCAUCGGCCAUAACUAUGUCGGUGCCAUUCUUUUUGGGCAAAGUGGUGGAUGUGGUCUUCAAUAAGGCUGGCUUGGACUCAGCUGUUAUGGACAAGCUGAGGGACUAUUCACUGGCCCUCUUUGCGAUCUUUAUUAUUGGUGGAAUUGCUAAUUUCGCGCGUGUCUAUUUAUUCGGCACAGCCUCCCUGCGUAUUGUACGCUUAUUGCGGCAUCGUCUUUACCGGUCAAUGUUGUUGCAGGAAGUGGGCUGGUUUGAUACAAAAGGCACUGGUGAACUUGUCAAUCGAUUGAGCAAUGACACCAACAUGGUGGGCAUUUCCCUGAGUCAGAAUGUAUCCGAUGGCCUGCGUGCUGUCGCAAUGGUAGGCGCUGGUACCGGCAUGAUGAUUUACACAUCACCGCAGCUGGCCCUGGUCAGUGCAUUGGUGGUGCCAGCAAUGGCUGGCAUGGCCAUUGUCUAUGGUAGAUAUGUGAGAUCCAUAACGCGACAGGAACUGGACAAAUAUGCUGAAAUUAUGAAAUUUGCUGAGGAGCGCUUGGGAAAUAUUAAGACAGUCAAAACAUUUUGUCGCGAGCAACAUGAGUUAGCCGGUUUUGAUGACAAACUGAAUGAGGCUCUACAGAUUGGCUAUAAAGAGACACGUGCCCGAUCCAUAUUUUUUGGUCUGACUGGCUUCUCUGGUAACUUUAUCAUCAUAUCGGUGCUUUACUAUGGCGGCACUCUCGUUUUGAACAAUGCAUUGACCAUUGGUGAUCUUACAUCGUUCUUGCUGUACGCCGGCUAUGUGGCCAUUUCCAUAAACGGUCUAUCAACAUUUUAUACUCAAUUGAAUAAGGGUAUUGGAGCGUCGGAACGCAUUUGGGAGAUCUAUGAUCGUAAAUGCAGUAUACCCAUCGAUGAGGGUGUAGUGCCAUUGACUAGACCCCUGGGUGAAGUGACCUUUUCAUCUGUGAAUUUUACAUUUCCAUCGCGUGCCGAAAGUCAAAUUCUUAACGACUUUUCACUCACUGUUCGUCCAGGACGAAUGACAGCUUUGGUGGGUCGAUCUGGCUCUGGAAAAUCGACAAUAGCAUUACUACUAAUGCGUCUCUACGAUCCUCAAACGGGCAGUGUAACGUUGGAUGGUGUGGAUUUGCGUGAACUGAAUCCACAGUGGCUACGCAAUCAGGUGGGAACGGUUAGCCAAGAGCCGAUACUCUUCUCUGGCACAAUACGUGAUAAUAUACUCUAUGGAAUAAAUCCCGGUGAAGAGGCCACUGAAGAGCUGCUGCAACGUGUUAUUCACGAAUCAAAUGUUAGUCAAUUUAUUGGCCAACUACCCGAUGGCCUUGACACGUUAGUUGGCCAGCGUGGCAUGAUGCUUAGUGGCGGACAAAAGCAACGGGUGGCUAUUGCUCGUGCUCUUAUUAAGAAUCCAACCAUAUUGAUAUUGGAUGAGGCGACUAGCGCAUUGGAUUCGGUUUCGGAGCAAAUUGUACAGAAUGCAUUGGAAAAGGUCAGUCAGGGACGAACUGUACUGACCAUUGCCCAUCGUCUGAGCACCAUACGCAAUGCCGAUCAAAUUGCCGUGCUUGAUGGCGGCCGUAUUGUUGAGCAAGGCAGCUAUGAUGAACUGAUGCAGCGGGAACAGGGUAUUUUCCGUGAGCUGGUGCACAGUCAGACUUUCGAACGACACAGUGGAAGUCAAUCUUGAUUAUAAUAAUAGAUGCUACCUAUUUACCUAAUACUUUGGAUAAGUUGUUAUGUGUUCAAAAUAUUGUUUAAAAUACUUCUUUAUAAGGGGGGAAAAGAAUGAACUACUACUGACUAAAAAAACGAAAAA